AUUGACGAACCUCAUCUUGCUGGUCAAGUGUUAAAGCUGGAAUCAGCGAUCAAAUAUCGUGAAGAGGAUAUUGUGAAUGCACGGGUACUUGUUGAGCAGUAUGCAGCAGACGAUUCGGACGGUGAAAUCAACCUGGCUUGCCUGGACUAUAAAAGUUAUGUCUCCAUUGUAAAAGUUAAAGCAUGGAUUCUUAGACUUAUCACUGGUGGCGCAUACUUUUUGUUGCAGCCAAGUUUGGCCUAUUCGAUAGCCCUCUGCCAUUACCAAAUGCGUGAUUACUCACAGGCUCUAAAAUUUAUUGCUGAUAUAAUUGACCGUGGUAUCAAGGAUCAUCCUGAGCUUUCGAUUGGCAUGGUAACUGAGGGCAUCGAAGUGAGUUCCGUUGGCAAUACGCUUCUUCUUCAUGAAACAGCACUCGUGGAAGCUUGCAAUCUAAAAGCGGCUAUCGAAUAUAAUCUUAAAAACCUAACCGCUGCAUCAGAGGCGUUGACUGACAUGCCACCGAGAUCGGAGGAAGAACUUGAUCCAGUAACAUUACACAAUCAAGCACUGAUAAGCAUGGACACUGCACCGUCCGAUGGUUUUGCGAAGCUACAAUAUUUGCUAAGUCAAAAUCCAUUUCCACCAGAGACGUUUAGCAAUUUGCUUCUUCUCUAUUGUAAAUAUGAGGUACAUUUAUGCGCUGAAAAUAUUUACGUAAGGAAAACGCCUAUUCCGGGGCGACUUGAGUAA